AUGCCUGGGGACAUCGUUGACGACGCCAUUAGUGGCGCUCAGCUACACGCUCAAGUUGUUGAUGAAGAAAGGAAGGAGGAUGCUCAGCUUGGUGCUGUUGUCUCUCCACCUUCCGUUCAUGAUGAUGAGAAGAAAUUCCUGAAUGUCGACUUGGAAGACUUUCCUACAGAAGAGGAGGUUCGGACGCUUCGUCGUGUCUCUGACCAUAUUCCCCUGAAGCUUUUCACUAUUGCCUUCGUUGAGGCUUGCGAACGGUUCUCAUACUAUGGCACAAUCAUCGUCUACACGAAUUAUAUCCAGUGGCCACUGCCCGAUGGCUCGAGAACCGGUGCUGGUGGUGCCGACGGCCAGUCAGGAGCUCUUGGAAUGGGCCAACGAGCUUCUACCGGCCUGACUACCUUCAAUCAGUACUUUAUGCCACUCCUCGGUGCCUGGGUUGCGGAUGAGUAUUGGGGUCGGUACAAGACCAUCACCUACGCUCUCGCCAUCGAUAUUCUAGGUCAUCUUAUACUGAUCAUGUCCGCCAUUCCUCCUGUUAUCACCCGACCGCACGAGAAUUCACUUGCUGCCAUGAUCAUUGGUAUCUUGGUCAUCGGAUUCGGAACCGGUGGUUUUAAGCCGAAUAUCUCGCCACUCAUUGUUGAACAGCUUCACAUCGAGCAUCUGAAGGUGAAGACACUCAAAUCUGGUGAAAGAGUCAUUGUCGAUCCUGCCAUCACGAUAAAUAGGGUCUACAACUGGUUUUAUAUGUUCAUCAAUGUCGGUGCUCUCAUCGGACAAUUAACCAUGGUCUACGCCGAGAAAUACGUUGGUUUCUGGCUCAGCUUCCUACUACCAACAUCCAUGCUAUGUAUUUGCCCCAUCGUCAUGUGGUGGGGACGGAAACGAUAUGAGCGCCGCGCACCUGGAGGCUCUGUACUUAGCAAGGCCUUGAAGACGUGGCUGCUUGCACAGAAGGGUCGUUGGCACAUCAAUCCCUACGUCACCUGGAAGCGCAUGCAUGAAGACGACUUCUGGGACAAUGUCAAGCCCAGUCGCUUUGCGCCUGGCACAAAACCCACAUGGAUGACCUUCGACGACGCUUGGGUUGACGAGCUCCGCCGUGGGUUUGCCGCCUGCGCUGUGUUUGGCUGGUAUCCUAUCUACUGGUUGACGUACAACCAGCUCAAUAACAAUCUGAUCUCCCAAGCUGCCAUCAUGAAGCUCAACGGCCUGCCCAACGAUGUUCUGACGAACCUGGACCCCCUGGCCUUGAUCAUCUUCAUCCCAAUCUGCGAUUUCAUCAUCUAUCCCUUCCUGCGGAAAUGCAAGAUCAACUUCACGCCCAUCAAGAAAAUCACAGCAGGAUUCUUCACCGGCGCAGCUGCGAUGAUUUGGGCUGCCGUCAUCCAGGCAUACAUCUACAAGGAUUCCGUGUGCGGGUCGAACGCUUCUGGAGAUGGUUGCCCCAACGUCAGCAUCAAUGUUUGGGCCCAGACCGGUGCCUACGUGUUGAUUGCGCUGUCUGAGAUCUUCGCGUCCAUCACUUCGCUCGAAUACGCCUUCUCCAAGGCUCCGAAGAACAUGCGGUCCAUGGUCCAGGCCAUCGCGCUGUUCAUGACCGCCAUCUCCUCCGCACUGGGCGAGGCUUUCGUGUCCUUGUCCGCCGAUCCGUUGCUCGUUUGGAACUAUGGUGCCAUGGCUGUAUUGGCUUUUAUAGCUGGAUGCAUCUUCUGGAUCCAGUUCAGAAGCCUCGACCACGAGGAGGACGAGCUCAACGAGUUGCCUGAGGGUAAGAUGUAUGUCGAUGACGAGGAGAGCACAAGAUAG